AUGCGCGCCGUCGCCGCUGGACUUGGCAUCCCCACGACAACCCUCCACGCGUACUACAAGCGUGGCGCCAUCGUCAAGUACUCUAGCUACGUCAAGCCCGCGCUGACGGAUGCCAACAAGGUUGCACGUCCUGAAGUGGGCUCUCGACCACGUCGUCGGCGGCUCGUCGCUGCACUUCAAGAACCUGAUGUGAUAUAA